CAACUUUUGGGAAGUUCCCUCUGCCGGAGGCGGCUGCGGAUGGAGGAGCCCGGCAGGCCGGUGGCGGCGCAGGUAAAGCCCCGGGAAAGAGCCGGGACGGUCGGAACUGCCGAGGAAGACUCCGAGUGCCGGGGCCAGGCGCAGAGGAAGGCUGCUCGUCUCUUUAAGUCCCAGCCUUUAUGUCCCAGCCUUGCAGGCAAUAUCUUUGUCGUCAGUUUGUCUGUCGCAGACCUUGUGGUGGCAGUUUAUCCAUACCCUCUGAUCUUGAGUGCCAUUUUCCACAAUGGAUGGACCAUGGGAAAUGUUCACUGUCAGAUAAGUGGGUUCCUGAUGGGUUUAAGUGUCAUCGGGUCCAUUUUCAACAUCACAGCGAUCGCAAUCAACCGCUACUGCUACAUCUGCCACAGCCUUCGGUACGAUAAGCUCUUCAACCUGAAGAACACCUGCUGCUAUCUCUGCUUGACCUGGAUGCUCACAGUGGUGGCAAUUGUGCCAAACUUCUUCGUUGGCUCCUUGCAGUAUGACCCCCGGAUUUACUCCUGUACCUUUGCCCAGACGGUGAGUACAUCAUACACCAUCACAGUGGUGGUGGUUCACUUCAUUGUCCCGCUGUCCAUCGUGACGUUUUGCUACCUACGGAUCUGGAUUUUGGUGAUUCAAGUCAAACACCGGGUGAGACAAGACUGCAAGCAGAAGCUGAGAGCAGCUGACGUCCGGAAUUUCUUGACUAUGUUUGUAGUUUUUGUCCUUUUUGCUGUUUGCUGGGGACCGUUAAACUUUAUUGGCCUUGCGGUUUCAAUUAAUCCUUCAAAAGUGCAGCCACACAUUCCAGAAUGGCUUUUUGUCCUAAGCUAUUUUAUGGCCUAUUUUAACAGCUGCCUCAACGCUGUGAUCUAUGGGCUUCUUAACCAGAAUUUCCGGAAGGAGUACAAAAGGAUACUGCUGACACUCCGCACUCCCAGAUUGCUGUUCAUUGAUGUGUCCAAGGGUGGGACAGAAGGGAUGAAAAGCAAGCCAUCUCCAGCUGUGACAAACAACAACAACCAAGCUGAAAUACAUUUAUGAGUCAGAACAGUACUAUUUAUUCUGGAUUACAGUUGUAUAUAUAAUAUAUAAGAGCCUUUCUAUGUGUGCAUUUCACAACUGGUGUUGCUGGGUCCCUCAUGCAAAAAAGGAGUCUGCUUCUCAUGCAAGGAAGGAGUCUGCUACCUUUCAUGCUUGCUUAUCGCUGCAACAUUGAGACUUUGAAUAAGGAUUUUCAGAAUGGAAACGACUGGUUGUUUUGUUUUUUUUUUAACUUUCACCGUGUGCCUAAUUAAUUGGUUUGGUUGCUUUUGCCACAAGCAUGCCAAUACCCUCGAAAAGGGAAGCGCUCAGAAUGCAUGCAGAAAGGAGUUAUGGUUGAAAUGCAACCUUCAAGAGCCAGCAGUUGCCAUUUAUUACAAACAAAUCUUUCUCCCCCCACUCUGAAUUCUAUGUUUUAGCAUUAAAAUAAUCCGAACUCUAGCAAACAAAAUGUAAACUGAAUGACUUUUUACCCUUUCAGUUAGCUAACAGUAUUAGCCAGCAGGCAUACGUAUGGGCACGAUGACUUCCACUGUGUGUGCAUUCGUUUUCCUUUUUCUUUUCUCUUAAGAUUUAGAAGCUAGCCUGGGCUAGAUGUGAGGCAGGCAAAAGCCAGACCUAGUGAGAGUCUGAUGUACUCAUUUUAAUUGAAUAUCUACAGAUAUUAAGUACCCUUGCUCUCUCCUUCCCAGGCCAUGAGUAAGAGUAUAACAUACGACAUAAUCUAAUUGCAGGAAGAUACUUGGAGCCUGAUUCUAAUUUAAGCAGUAUCCUGUCAUGGCCAGCAUUCAUUCCAAAUAUCUUUCAGAAGUCCCUGCUACAUGAACAUCAUUUGAAAAAAAAAAGAUAAACAUAGCAGAGUCCCAUCUGUUCAAUGCAGAUGCUGGUUUUUAAGUUCCAGUAGUAUUUACACUUGCAGACAAAGGGAGAAGGGGAAGGGAGUGGUUCUCAGUUAAAGCCUGAACUCUGUUAUCUUUGUCAUUGGAAACACUGUCCUGAAGUGCUGGGAAGGCCAAUAUCACAUUUGAAGCAGGCACAUGGACAAAGAUAAAGCUGUUUCUUUAACAGAGUGUGAGGGGGGUGGUGGCAGCUGUCUGUAAAUAUGACCUUUUUUUCUUAUCUUCAUUGUGAAUUCAUCUCCUUAUGGUUUUAAAUGUGUAGAUCCUGCUUUGAAACAGUCCCAUAAAAUCAACAGAUAAAACUCCCUCAGUGCAACUCUGUCUUCAAGCUAACAAACCUGGCUGGAUGCUGGUGUGCUGGGAGGCACAGCGGGAGCUGUGUGAUGGAGAGGAGCGGGUCUGAGCCCCGUUGGUCUAAUGAGGGGAGCAGUCAGCCCCGCUCCUGAUCAAAGAGUGCAGUCUUCUCUCUUUGAUCAUAGUCAGCGCAGGACUAGUUCCCAGGGCUGAGCCCUGAAACACAGAGAACCAGACUUUGCAAUAGCAGGUAGGUGCUUAGAGAUGGAGGUACGGAGGAUUUAUAAAAAACCUGAGCAGACUUAAGUGCCUAAUCCUUAGUGAAGUUCACAAGCCAUUUAUGCAUUGCUUGCUGGAAGCAACUUGCUGCUGAAUAUCUGUUCUGCUGAUUUUUUUUGUGGGGGGAAGAUGAGUUGAGAGAAAUUAAGCCCCUUUUUGAUGUGAACCAAGAAACCUUGCAUGGCACACUGCUUCAGCGAGGACUGCAGCCUGCGUGCUGCCACGUGGUGAAGGUUGCUGCAGUGCAAGGUGGGGGGUUCUCUGCACUUAUAGGGCACUCUGGCACUUCAUGAAGUUUCAAACUUGAACAUCUCAGCCACUUCAGAUUAUUAUUGUUUUAAAAUGCACUGCAGCCAGCCUCCCAUAAUAGGAAUCAAACUGAGUUCUGUUUUGGCCUCUUCAUCUGCCUGAGCAUGGCCAAAUAAAGGUAUCUUGACCCUCAGAAACAAUGUGGUCCAUUUGCCUUUCAACAAGACCAGUCUGGAUGAAUUCACGUCAUUCCAUGCAAACAAAAUCAUUUUGAGUCAAACUUGGAUAAGAAAAGCACCGAGGAAUCCAUAACUGCAGGAAGUGUUUGUCCCAUCAGGCCAAGAUGUCCCAUGUUCUGUGACUAGUCCUCGAAGUCGUUUGCAAUUAGCCACACCAGUGUUAGUUAGAAUCACGCUAGCAAAUAAUUUUAAGCAUCUAGCACUAAGCCAAAUAUACUCCUUUAAGACAAUCAUGAAGAACCUUGUACAAGUUUGCCAAAUAUACCCCACAACUGGGGUUUCGUCUUAUGGAUCCUUGUCUUUUUAACUGAAUGUUCAGUGAAGGCAAUGUGGUAUUUUUUUUUUUUCUCUAAGCUUGUAUUUGCACUAUUUCUUAUUCAGGCUCCAAAGUAUCAGCCAGCGAGCAUUUGAACCAAACCAAGUAAGCCAAAGAGGUCCUGAACAGGCAAGCUGUGGGAGUCUCUGCGAGCACCUGGUAGGGAGGGGAGCAGCAGGAACACGAUAGAGCAUCUCCCCAGGUCUCGCAGAGAGUCGCUGCCGAACCAAACUAUGCAAUGUAACACGGGGUCUGCUUGUCCUCUACUUGCAGAGUCCAAGCCCAGCUCUUGCCCAUGUCUUUGCAGGGGACAGGUUAAGUACCUGCUGCACUGGGAUGGGUCCCGAGCAGCUCGCUGCAUGUGGAGACCCUGCCACUGCCCCGCAGGGUGGGGACAGGUCUGUGAUGGGCACCAUCCAUCUAACAGCACAGAGAUUGCCCUAAUGUGACCCAUUCAGAAGUGUUUUGGGUAUCCCAGUGUGAGUGAGGGCUGCCCAAGAGUCAGCCUGGAGUUGGGGUGAUUCAGCCACCAUGGUUGGAGUCCUGAGCUCAGUCCUGCUGGAGCUGAGGUUCGCAAUCUGAAAAGUGAAAAGCAGGGAACGUGGCUUCGAACAGAAAACACUGUGCCAUUUGCUAGCACUUUGCCACAGAGACAGCGCUUAGGACAGGAUAGAUUUUUAUACUGACUUAUUUUAAAGCUACCCAAGCAGCUCCUUAUUUUUAUGUUAAGAAAUGGUUAACAGGGUACAGAGAGUUUAUUUUGUUAAACUUUGUUUACAAAAAAGGGAAGUGUGUCUUAAACUUGGAAUCCCGAGCAAUGUCAAGAGUUUCCCUGUGGGAAUCUAGCUUUAAUCCAAAUUUGAGCUUUCAAGGAGAUCCCACAGCUUAAACCAUGCUCUGUCAAUUCCAUCUGUUGCAUACCUGGCCUUAAGUCUCAGAAAUAACGUUGAUAUUUCCUAUAAACUGGUUUUAAAUCACUUGCUCUGGAUUUGACCUGGUGGUGUUGAAUACCUAUUCUAGCCCCAAACUCUAAAAAUGUCACAGUGGACAUAAACUUAUGGAGAGUUAGUAUUGCCGUGAAGGAAGAGGAAUCUCUUGCCACAAAUAAAUACUUUUGGAUGUUGCUAAUGAAUGUUGUUUAAUCUAUUUAAGAAGAAUGUAACCAAUAAAUUUAUAUAUAAAUAUAUAUAUUACAUAUGCUGUUUCCAUUUUAUAAUUUGAUUAAGAAUCCUUCAGUAUAUUUCCCUAUUGUUGUUUUUGUUCACAAAGUAGAUUCAUUCCCUUUAUCUGUUAAAACUGUAAUAAA